AUGCUUACCAAUGAGGAAGUGGUGUCUCUAAGGGAGCCACCGGGUUUCAAAAGAAGUAAGAAAGGCCAAGCAAAUGAGUUGUCUCAUGGAGAAGUCAUUUUGGGAUUUAAUGAGGGUGAAGAAGAAACUAUGCAUGAGAAGAUGAAGGUCUUUGACAAAGAUAAGCCUAUGGGUUUGAGAGUAGCUUUGGGAGAUGAUGAAGAAGCCUUGAAGAACAAAUUUAAUUCCAAUGCCGAAAGCAAAGACAAAGAAGCCUCUACAUCUAUUUCAACCGAAAGGCCAUUCAAAAGAAGUAUCACUUUCAAUACUCCUUUGAAGAUAAUUCAAGAGAAAGAAGUCCCCCUUCCUUACCCUCAAUUGCAAAUAAAUGAGAGAUUGAAGCAAAUAAAUGAUACUGUGAAGAAAAAGUUUCUUGAAUUAUUUAGGAAGGUGGAGAUCAACAUCCCUCAAGUUAGUGCCAUUUUGCAAAGGAAGCUUCCAACAAAGUUGAAAGAUCCGGGUUCAUUCACGGUUCCAUGCAAGAUAGGUAACACUUACUUUGAUAGAGCUUUGAUGGAUUUGGGUGCUAGUAUUAACUUGAUGCCUUAUAGUGUUUAUAAGUCUCUUGAAAUUGGUGAUAUCCGCCUCAUUGAUAUCACCUUACAAAUGGCGGAUAUGAGUCUUACUUACCUAAGAGGGAUUGUGGAAGAUGUUCUUGUGAAGGUUGAAAAAUUGAUUCUACCGGCAGACUUUAUCAUUCUAGAUACAGAUGAUGCUCCGCUUCAUGAAAAUGAGUUGCCUAUCAUUUUUGGAAGAGCAUUUAUGGCAACCGCCGAUACUAAGAUUGACGUGAAGGAAGGCUUGAUGACUAUGACGGUUCAUGAAACUACCAUUGCCUUUAGAAUCUUUGAAGCAAUGAGCAAGCCAUCACAUGCCUAUGAUUAUUUCUGGAUUGAUGUUUUGGAUGGUGUUGACAAGAUGGUGGAGAAAACUUUCAUUGAAAAUGCUUAUCAAGAUCCAUUGGAAACAUGUUUGCAUCAUAAUGGAAUGAAGUUCAAUGAGGAGGCUACCAAAGAGAAUGAGCUUGCACUAGAAGCUUUAAGGCCAUACACUCUACAUUUGGAACCGAAAGUUGUGGUACUCCUUAAAAACCCUACUCUUUUACCUCCUUCUAUUAAAUGUCCCCCUACACUUUAA